GAUGAAUUUGAAUAAAUUUAGUUUAAACUUUGAAAAUAAAGGCAAAUUACAUCAAGAGAUUUUGAAUAGCCUGCAGAAUUCCUUUGAUUCCAAAUUGGAAUUUGUUCAAGGAACAAUAUACAUUCAAACAACUAACGGUCCAGUACUUCUGGCUCUAUCGUAUAACACUGUAUCUGAUAAUAGUAAUUUCCUACCAAAACACACCUGUUCGAGAUCUAGCAAUUCAAAGAUUGAGAAAGACAUUGAUGAAGCUUUUAAUUCGUCUCUUAAGUGUGAUGUAGAAUCAGCUAAAACCAUUCGGAAAAACCAUAAUACACAAUUAGAUCUGCAUAGAACUAGCUCGUCAUUAACCGAACAGACUGACAGUAUUGGAGGAGUUGAAACCAAGGUAUCAGCACUGAAGGCCUAUGAACAUAGGAAAACAGGAAGGAGACGGCGUAAAUCUCUAAAUAACGUAAUAGUUUUAGAUGAGGAAGCAACGACUAAAGAGGAGGAGGCACCUAUAGCGAAGAUAACGAGACGUAAACGGUUGAAAAAACUUGAUUCGAAGAAAAACACGGAAGAGACUUCUAAUUUUAUAUCAUUUGAAAAUGUACUAACUACAAGAAAUUAUCAACAAAACAAUACGAAAGAAACGACUAGAGAGAAAUUACGUGAAGAAGAAAUUCGAAAGUAUCUUCACGAAGACAUUUAUGAGGAAGAAGACUUUGAUUGUAGUGAUUACAAUCCAGUAGAUUUUGAAAAUUUACCGAAUCUACCAUUCAAGGAGACAAAAUUUGGAAAAACGUAUGCCAGAAGACGACGAUUGGAUAGUCAAUUAACGUUUUAA